UAACCUUAUCAAUAAAUGAAGGAUUGCCCAAUAGCUCGCUUUUACUUUCUUCUGUAGCCUACUUCACAGUUCACAUCUGACAAAUUGAAGACCUGUCGUUUCAUAGUUAGACAGACGCAUUUGCGUCACGGCUGAGGCAACUGCUUUUGGUGUACUGUAAAGCUGAAAUUUGCGCACCCUUUUAUUCGUUUUGGCCAUAGUUCUAAGGUCGUCGCUGAAAUCAGAGUGAGAGGAAGGAGAUGUCAGGCCCCCAGUGCUGCUCAAACCCCCCUGCUCUAAACCCCAGCGGCGGCGCCGGCCAUGUCGAACAGCUCGCCGGCCUCAGCACCUAUGUUUCCGGCUCCCCUGAUUCCAAACUCGCCGUCAUUUUUGUUACCGAUGUAUUUGGAUAUGAAGCCCCACUUUUAAGAGGUUGCAGCUGCUGGGUUCUUUGUGGUUGCUCCUGAUUUCUUCAAGGGAGAUCCAUACAUUCCGGAUGAUGCUAAUAGGCCGAUUCGAACUUGGUUACAAGAUCAUGGACCUGACAAGGGUUUUGAAGAUGCGAAGCCAGUAGUUGAAGCUCUGAAAAGCAAAGGUAUUUCAGCAAUCGGAGCUGUAGGCUUUUGCUGGGGUGCCAAGGUUGUGGUUGCACUUGCAAAGGAGGAGUUGAUUCAAGCUGCUGUGCUGCUACAUCCAUCAUUCGUUACUGUCGAUGACAUCAAAGAGGUCAAAGCUCACAUUUCAGUACUAGGAGCCGAGAUCGACCAGAUUUCUCCUCCAGAGCUCUUGAAACAGUUUGAAGAGGUCUUAUCUGCAAAGCCUGAGGUUGAUGGGUUCGUAAAGAUCUUUCCAAAAGUUCAUCAUGGGUGGAGUGUGAGGUACAAUGUUGAAGAUGAAGAGGCUGUGAAACAUGCAGAGGAGGCCCAUGGGGACUUGUUAGCUUGGUUUACUAAGUAUCUUAAGUAAUUGAAUUCCCAAUUUCCAAGCCCCUUGUUAGUGCUGAAGUGUGUUGUAUGUUUUUUGGCUCUUUUACUUUAGGUUAUCAAGUUGAUUGGAACUGCAGCUGCCAUGUAAUUUCAUUGAAAAACAGAGGAAUAAUAAUAAUGUCUGCAUUUUCCUUUUGUGACA